AUGGCAACAGCAGCUCCGUCUGAUAAAUUCCUCGACGAGAUUGACGAAACCUUUCUGAGCUGUGGUGUAUGUUCUGAACGCUACAGUAACGCCAAGGUACUUCCGUGUCAGCACAGCUUCUGUGAGCAUUGUCUCAUUAAGUUGGUGGAAAAGACCGGUCAACCCAUUCACUGUCCGCUAUGCAGACGUAAACACGAUAUUGAGGUAUCUGAUCUUCCAAAUAAUUAUUUUAUUAAUGAAAUUUCAGAAGCGUUUAAAAACCGCGAUGUUGGAUCACAGGAACCGAAGCAGUGUGUGUGUGAAAAGAGUCAUGCUAAUCAAAGAUGUUUGGAUUGUGCCUUAGAUAUUUGCGACGCAUGCGCAAGGGCACACCUCCGUAUGCCACUAACACAAUCACAUCGUAUCACCUCAUUGGAGUCGUACCAAAGUUUGAUUGUCAAAGACCCUAGUUCAGUUCAUUCGGCUACGUACUGUGAUAAGCAUACCGAUUCGGCUGUGAAAUUCUACUGUGAUUCAUGUGAAGUAGCAAUCUGUCUAGAGUGUACAGUGAUUGAUCAUCGUGAUCAUAAGCAGAGAUAUCUGAAAGACGCUGCAGCGGAGUAUAAAGACGAACUUGUAGCAAACGCAGAACAACUAAAGGUGAAAGAAAAUGAAGUACAUGACAGUAAAGAUACAAUACAACGGAUGGUUGAUUCGUUGGAAACACGCUAUCGUCAAGAAAAGAAACGCCUUGAAAUCCACACGGAGAAGACGAUUGAAGAAAUCACCAGAAAAAUACGCAAUGCAAGCAAACAACUGAUGGACGAGCUAAAAGAUGAAUACAAGAAUAGAGAAGUGAAUUUAAGAGUACAAAUAAAAGAAUUGGAAAGUUCUGAAAAUUCAAUAAAGUAUGCCAGGGAAUACACGAACAAUCUGAUGCAUUAUGGGAAUCCGGUACACAUGAUGUCAGCAAAGAAUGGAGUGACGUCACUGUUAACAGAAAUACAGACACUAGAGACGAAACAAACACCAGUUGACGAUGACGACAUUCAGUUUAUUCCAUCAGAUAACUCCUCCAUGAUACAAGUACUCGGUGCAUUGCAAUGUAAGCCAACAUAUGUCAUAGGUCAUGUACCAGAUAUGACAAGAGUUGGUGACAACAUCAAUAUCACUGUGACCACAAAGAAGGGAAAUGCCUACACACAAAAACAGUCACUGAGAGCAGAGAUAAAGACACCGGAUAUGAAGACUGAAGACGUUGAGGUCAAAGACAAUAAAAAUACCAGCCUGUCUGUGAGGUACACUACUAAGAUGAUAGGUGAACAUGAACUCUCAAUAACAGCUUAUAAAACACAUGUAUUUGGUUCACCUGUUAAGAUUAAUGUGAUUCCAAAAAAAGGAUUAUUACGUAAAUUUGGAGGAAAAGGUUCAGCAGUAGAACAGUUACGUAAUCCAUAUGGAGUAAUUAUGACCAGGAAUAGAAAUGCAUUGGUGUGUGAUACAGGAAAUAAUAGAUUACAAAUAUUCACAUUAGAUGGCAAUCAUUUAAAUUUAAUUGAAUUCACAAAUUUUGCCGAACCAUUCAGUCCAAGAUAUUCAGCAAUAUCAGAUGAUGGUUACAUAUUCACAACAAGUUACAAAAAGGUUGUUGUGUGUGAUGUGAACGGGAAAUUGAUAAGAGUGUUUGGCAGUAAGGAAUUACAGUACCCAAUGGGGCUGGCAAUUAGUCCGAUUAAUGGUAAUGUCUAUGUUGUUGACAAUGGAUCUCAUUGUGUGAGAAUUUACAGUCAACUUGGGGUUUAUAUGACGUCAUUCGGGAGUAGUGGUACCGGGGAUUCACAGUUCAAUGGUCCCUGGGAUAUUGCUAUUGGUAACACAGGUAAUAUUAUAGUGUCUGACCUUCGCAACAAUCGUAUUCAGAUAUUUGACAACAACUGCAGAUUUUUAAAUGUAUUCGGGGGUCGAGGGACCAAGGAAGGGGAGUUGAAUAGCCCUCAGGGUGUAGCUGCAGAUACAGAUGGAUGUGUGUAUGUAUGUGACUAUCAUAACAAUAGAGUUCAGAAAUUUGACCCACAAGGCAAGUUUAUUGCACGGAUUGACAGCAUUGAAGAUGAUGUUAGUAGUCAUAGAGGAAUAUACGUCACUGAUGAUAAACCAUUUGAAGCGUUUAAAAACCGCGAUGUUGGAUCACAGGAACCGAAGCAGUGUGUGUGUGAAAAGAGUCAUGCUAAUCAAAGAUGUUUGGAUUGUGCCUUAGAUAUUUGCGACGCAUGCGCAAGGGCACACCUCCGUAUGCCACUAACACAAUCACAUCGUAUCACCUCAUUGGAGUCGUACCAAAUGAUUGAUCAUCGCGAUCAUAAGCAGAGAUAUCUGAAAGACGCAGCAGCGGAGUAUAAAGACAAACUUGUAGCAAACGCAGAACAACUAAAGGUGAAAGAAAAUGAAGUACGUGACAGUAAAGAUACAAUACAACGAAUGGCUGAUUCGUUGAAAACACGCUAUCGUCAAGAAAAGAAACGCCUUGAAAUCCACACGGAGAAGACGAUUGAAGAAAUCACCAGAAAAAUACGCAAUGCAAGUAAACAAAUGAUGGACGAGCUGAAAGAUGAAUACAAAAAUAGAGAAGUGAAUUUAAAAGUACAAAUGAAAGAAUUGGAAAGUUCUGAAAAUUCAAUAAAGUAUGCCAGGGAAUACACGAACAAUCUGAUGCAUUAUGGGAAUCCGGUACACCUGAUGUCAGCAAAGAAUGGAGUGACGUCACUGUUAACAGAAAUACAGACACUAGUGACGAAACAAACACCAGUUGACAAUGACGACAUUCAGUUUAUUCCAUCAGAUUACUAUAACAAACAGGUUGUUGUGUGUGAUGAGAACGGGAAAUUGAUAAGAGUGUUUGGCAGUAAGGAAAUACAGUACCCAAUGGGGGUUGCAAUUAGUCCGAUUAAUGGUCAUGUCUAUGUUGUUGACCAUGGAUCUGAUUGUGUGAGAAUUUACAGUCAACUUGGGGUUUAUAUGACGUCAUUCGGAAGUAGUGGUACCAGGGAUUCACAGUUCAAUUUUCCGUGGGAUAUUGCUAUUGGUAACACAGGUAAUAUUAUUGUGUCUGACUAUAGAAACAAUUGUAUUCAGGUAUUUGACAACAACUGCCGAUUAUUAAAUGUAUUCGGGGGUCGAGGGGACAAGGAGGGGGAGUUCUAUGGACCCGAGGGUGUAGCUACAGAUACAGAUGGAUGUGUGUAUAUAUGUGACUAUGGUUACAAUAGAGUUCAGAAAUUUGACUCACAAGGCAAGUUCAUUGCACGGAUUGACAGCAUUGAAGAUAAUGUUAGUGGUCCUUGUGGAAUAUACGUCUCUGAUGAUAAACCAUUUUCUAAAGUAGUCGUCACAGAGUGGGAUCGGGGUUGUGUAAAAGUAUUUACUCAAUGA